AUGUGGAACGACGAAGAGGACAACAACCCUUAUGGGACCAGCUUCGACCGCCGAGACUCGCAAACGUCAUCGUCGGUGAACCCGGCUUCUCCGACUACCCGCGACUCACCAAUUUGUCCUGUGCGUCACUCUACUGACCAGCCUCGCUCAACAGUCAACUCGUACGAAUCUGCCGCAACACCGUCCCCUAGCGAUGAUGAGGCGCCGGUGUUUGGCCAGGGCGUUGCCACCGCCGGCCUCGACACCGCAGAAACCACCCAGGAUGACGUCCCCCCUAAGCGCAAGCCAGGCGGCUAUACCAGUCGCAUUGAGCAGAUUCUCUAUGAAAACCCAAACAUGCAAAUCAUCAUAACAGACGCUGGCAAGAGCCUUGAAAGUGGUGGUCGCCACAUUGUCUACACCAUUCGUACCGGCGACCUGGAAGUUCGCCGAAGAUACUCGGAAUUCGCCUCGCUCAGAGAUGCUCUAACCCGUCUGCAUCCGACCCUUGUAAUCCCACCGAUCCCCGAAAAGCACACUAUGGCGGAUUAUGCGGCGCAUCCUACGAGCGCAAAGCAGGAUCAACAGAUAAUUGAUCUCCGAAAGCGCAUGCUUGCCGUCUUUUUGAAUCGCUGCCGCCGCAUGGAACUUGUCCGCAACGACGGCGUUUGGCUAAGAUUUCUCGAUCCCAAUGCAAGCUGGAGCGAGGUCUUGAACUCGCAUCCCAUUUCAUCAAUCCCCAAGAAUGUUCUGAAAGCACCUCCGCUGGAUACGGCAAACCCUACCACUGGACAUCUCUAUCUGCCAGUUCCCGCGUCUUCCGCUAAGAUUCGAACCGCGUCUGGCGGGAACUCCUCUUUAAACUCGUCUGUUAUUCAAGGCGGUGCCAGCACCAUCGGGCGAUUUCCCAAUGAUACCACAAACCUGAGCGAGCACGAUCUUGACCCCUACUUUACUACAUACGAAGCCUCCAUCAAAGAACUAGAGACUUUGUUAACAGGUCCGAUGGAAAAAGUCAACCGUCGGACCCUUAGCCACCUGUCAUCUUUGGCUACGGAUCUUUGCGAAUUGGGCUCUAGAUACAACGCCUUUGCUCUUUCUGAGCAGGCUCCUUCUCUUGGACCCGCCAUCGAAAAGGUUGGUCAGGCUGCUGAUUCCUCCUACAUUGCUACGGAAGAACUGGCUAGCUCACUCGGCGCCAGCUUCGCCGAGCCUAUGAGAGAAAAUGCUCAAUUCGCUGGUGUUGUUAGAAGUGUUGUGAGGUAUCGCGUGUUGAAGCGUGUGCAGCAGGAUCUGACGGAAGAGGAGCUCGAGAAGAAACGAACACUACUCGAUCAACUGGAGCGCAGCGAAUCCGAAGCUCGCCGCAUUGAACAAUAUCUUUCGAGCAGCCAGCAACUUUCUUCGCCGCCGCGACGGUCUACCAGCCUACGAGAACCCCCAACAUACCAAAGGCGUGAGGGUAACCAGGAGGACACCGAAUCUAUCGACUCUGAUUUUCCACCAACGCAUGGUGACUUUCCAUCGAGUCCCCCAGAGGCUGGCCAAGGUGUCCCCGAGAGAAGCACCAGCAUCUCGCACAAGAAAAUGCCCAGCAGCAAUUCUAUUACCAACAGAAUCUUUGGUCCUCUUCGCCAUGCUGUGCAAGGUGUGGUUGAUGUUGAUCCUGAGCGCACGCGCCGUGACACAAUUGGGAAGACCAGAGAGUCUAUCGGCCAGCUCGAGCAAGCUCAGGUGGUUUCCGAGAAGGAUGUUAAAGAGGCUAGCGCCAGCGUUUUUAAAGAUCUGCGGCGAUUCCAAAACGACAAGGAAGAAGACUUGCGCCGCUACAUGCUCGCCUAUGCCAAGAGUCAGAUAGAGUGGGCCAGAAAAAGCAAGCAACAGUGGGAAGAAGCUCGACUCGAGGUCGAUAAGAUUGAUGAAAGUUAA